UUUGAUAAACCCUCUCACCUCAUCCAAUUGGUCAUCGUUUCGGUCAAGCCCCAUGCACAGCGUCUGCCUAUUUAAACGUCUCCAAUUGCCCCAGUAGUUCCAUUCCCUAACGGCCAUCAACUGCGGGCGAUCGUACCGACACAAUCAGUCAAAGAUUUUCAAAGUGAAAGAUUACAGGAAAUUCCACGAAUCUAAAUAUGCUGCGGAUUGUUUUGGCUCUGGCAUUUCUUGCGGCUGCAGUGAAUUCCACGAAUGUAAAGCAAUGCAAGGAUAAACCGUUUCCACUGAGCGUCAGAGUGGCGGAUUGCGACGAGCCACCGUGCACCGUGUACAAGGGCACCACGGCCAUAAUGGAAGUACAGUUCCUGGGCACUAGCAACAAUAUCAGGAACAUUACAGCCAAGACCACGGCCAAAGUGUUCGGCAUGAAUCUGCCAUACGAGCUGCCCGACGAAGUGUCCAAUGUGUGCACAAAUUUGAUGUAUGGUGCCAUGUGUCCCAUCGACAAAGGCGAGGACGUCACUUACCAGUUCAACUUCUAUGUGGAGCCCAGUUUCCCGGAGAUCACCGCCGAUGUAACCGUAACGCUCAUCGAUGCAGAGGCCGAGGUCAUCACGUGCUUUAUCUGCAGCUGCAAGCUCCGCAAGGGAACGACGGCAGCCCAGGAGGAAUACCUCCUGGACUGGCGCGACAACCAAACCGAACUGGAGGCAUAGACAGACGGUCGUAGUACGCGACACCACUCGUGUGGCCUGACUGAAAUUUAACUACUUCUACUUCGUCAAUAAAGGCAAACCAUUCCAUUCCCAAAAGA